UCCUCUCUCCAUGGCUUCAGCAGCGGGGGAAUGUCAAAUUUUUUAACUCUUAUGCACACAUGCUUGUAGCGUUAGGUGAAUGAAUCAGUGCAUUGUGCAGGUAUGAGGUCCCACCUGUUGGCACAUCUUCUCUAUCUGCUUCUGGCAGCAGGGAGAGAUGUCACAGGGAAGGAGGUAGACCGGAAGCCCAACUUUGUUCUGAUGAUGGUGGACGACUUGGGCAUCGGUGAUGUAGGAUGCUACGGUAAUGACACCAUCAGAACUCCUAACAUAGACAGACUUGCUUCUGAAGGGGUAAAGUUGACUCAGCACAUUGCAGCUGCUCCUCUCUGCACCCCGAGCCGGGCCGCAUUUAUGACGGGGCGCUACGCACUCAGCUCAGGAUUGGGUAGCACAGGCCGUGUGCAGGUUCUGCUGUUCCUUGGAGGUUCAGGAGGGCUGCCACCCAGUGAGACCACCUUUGCUAAAAGGCUACAGCAACACGGAUACACCACCAGCUUAGUGGGUAAGUGGCACUUGGGUGUGAACUGUGAACACAGAGGGGACCACUGCCACCAUCCAAACCAGCAUGGCUUCAGUUAUUUCUACGGUCUGCCAUUCACCCUGUUCAAUGACUGUGUGCCCGGACAGGGGAGUGAUAUCCUGGCAGACCUCCAGCACGCACUACGAAAUCUGACCAUGUUGCUUGGAGUUGGACUUUUUACACUGGUGUGUGUCCAUGUGUGUGGCCUCUUUGAAGUCAGCCUGUGGCUAUUUGUAGCACUUUUUUUUCUCAGUAUCCUAGCAACCGCUGUGUGGUAUAUGCCCUUUAAACUCCUGCCGACUUGGAACUGCAUCAUCAUGAGGAACCAAGAAGUAAUUGAACAGCCAAUGACAGUGGAGACACUGCCCCAGAGGUUGCUGGGAGAAGCACAAAACUUUAUAAAGAGGAAUGUUGAUAAUCCAUUCCUCCUAUUCUUCUCAUUGGCCCAUGUCCACACACCACUUUUUAAAACCCCUGCCUUUGCUGGCAAAAGUCGCCAUGGUCGCUACGGUGAUAACCUAGAAGAAGUUGACUGGAUGAUCGGUAAAAUCACAGAGACGGUGGACUCCCUUGGCCUAGCCAACAAUACUCUGAUGUACUUUACAUCAGACCAUGGUGGACACCUAGAAGAUGCUGAUUCCAUCAUUGGCCAGAAAGGAGGCUGGAACGGCAUUUAUAAAGGUGGGAAAGCCAUGGGAGGGUGGGAGGGGGGGAUCAGGGUGCCUGGUAUAUUCCGCUGGCCUGGCAGACUGGCAGCUGGAAGAGUAGUGGACGAGCCCACUAGCCUCAUGGACCUGUAUCCAACACUGAAAUAUUUGGCCAAGGACACACAACCAGACAGACAAUCAGAUGGCUAUAACCUCAUGCCACUGUUGGAGGGGAAGGUAGAGCGAUCAGAGCAUGAAUUUAUGUUCCAUUACUGUGGAAUCUACCUGAAUGCAGUACGCUGGCACCCACCUGGAAGUGAUGCCGUCUUCAAGGUGCACUUUUUCACUCCCAACUUUUCUCCCCCGGGAGCCGGGGGAUGCUAUGACACUAAGGUCUGUCUAUGUCAUGGAGAUCAUGUGACGCACCACAGCCCCCCACUGCUGUACGACCUUUUCCACGAUCCCUCAGAGUCCCGCCCACUGACACCUUAUACUGAGCCGCGAUACGCUGAAAUCCUCGAGCAGACCGCCAAAGCUGUGGAGAGACAUCAAAAUACCCUCACAAACAAGCAGGCAUCUGAUGAUACUCAUUCGCACCCCAACGCAGAUGUGCCCAGCGUUCAAAGCCAGAUGACAUGGGACAAGAUUCUGUGGAGACCCUGGCUUCAGCCCUGCUGUGGGACUUUUCCAUUCUGCGGCUGCAAGGAGGACACAACCCAUAUUUAAGGAAAAAGUCCACCACACGGUCCAAAAAGAACAAAAACGGCUUGUGUUUGGUAAAGCUCCUCUGGACUCUACAGCAGAGUUAUCACUUUUUUCAAGAAUAGUUUAGGGUGCAUUCAGGAGCUUUCACCAUUCAAAGGUUUCAGAGCAUUUCAAAGAUGUGAGAUGAAAAGGUUUGACCUAUAGAACUAGUGUAAAAUGUAAUGUAGUUAUAGUAAUGUGUCAGGCAAUACUUUGUUUAAUCUAAAAUUUAAAUUGAUUGAACAAUGCAAUUAAUUGUAACUAAGUUUGAAAUGUAGACCAUAAAGUCCAUAUCGCUCGAUGGUGUUUUAAGCCCCCAACAUUGACUUCGAGGCAGCACUACGACCGUCGACUUCAAGGCACCUAACCCUAACCUUAACCCUAACUUUAACCAUUGCCUAAUCCUAGUGCCUUUCAGGCAGCGCUGCCUGGAAGAUGACGUUGGGGGCUUAAAACACCAAACACCAUCCAUAUCAUGUAGUGAAAUUAAAUGAACAUGAUUGAACAAUGCAUUGACUGCACUAUACAUGGAGUAAGUGCAUUAUUACAUACACAUGAAUGCAAAAGUGCCAAAAAAAGAUACAUCUUCGCUUACAUAAAGGGGCAGUGUUUUAUUUCAUGUAUCAUUUAUUACUGAUGGAUCUGUUAAGUUGGUGCUCUUAAUUCUUACAAUAACUAAGUAACAUAAAAUCAGUGCUUUAAGUAUGUGUGACAAUAAAAUGACUAUUUAAAAUAAC